AUGUAGAGAGCGGAUUACUUGCUGAAGGACAGGACUACUUCCGGGUUCCUGUGGUACUUCCGUCAGAAGAUGGCGGAGUAUGUACAAGUAUUUCGAAGGGCUUUCCAGCAGUUAGGAGGUCAUGGUGGCAUACGUGGGGCUUUAUUACAGUUUUUUAGAGUAAAUGAUUUAAAAACCGGACCUCUCGUUGGCGUCGACAAGUAUGGCAACAAGUAUUACGAAGACAAUCGUUACUUCUUUGGUCGCCACCGAUGGGUCAUCUACACGACGGAAAUGAACGGAAAGAACACCGUCUGGGCGGUGGAUGGAAGCAUGGUGCCGGCUGAGUGGCAUCGCUGGCUACACUGCAUGACAGAUGACCCGCCCACUACCCACCCCCCUGUGCCCCGAAAGUUCCUGGCUGAAACCCACAAUUUCAACCUGAGUGGCUCAGCCAAGCAGUACGUCCCCUAUUCCACCACCAGGAAGAAGAUACAUGAAUGGGUGCCCCCCAAUACUGGGGGUGAGUGAUCCCAGCCCCCCCCCCGGCCACACUACUUCCCAAAACUGUAAAUUAUAAUUCUCCUGUUCUGUAUGUGUUCUCCAGAACAUUUUGCUUCUGGUAAUAAAAAUAAGGCUUAAAAACA